UUGAAAUUUGCAUAUUCAAGCUCCACAAUUCUCAGAUGGGAAAAUUACCAGCUGAAAAUUAGCACUAUAACCAAGCAAAUUCACAUAAUUUCUAAUGGAAAAGUUUCAUAGCCAGAGACUUUAUAUCCCUCCAUUUCCCUUUCUUCUUUUUCUUCUCCAAUUCUCAUCCCUUCACUUGUUCUCUUCAGCUUACAAUCUCCCAGACAAGUACUUCAUCAAUUGUGGCUCAAACCAAGGCGUGAGCACCAGUCGUCGGAGCUUCGUCGGCGACAAAAACUCCGGUUCUGUCUCUUUUACAAAGCAGAACAGCAUCUCUGUCGAAAACACAAACCAGUCUCAGAACAGCAACAACUCAACUCUGUACAACACAGCAAGAGUUUUCAGACAACAAUCUUCAUAUGCCUUUGACAUCAAUGAUGUUGGUAAUAGUACUAAUUACCUGGUACGCCUCCAUUUCUUAGUUUUCCCUUCCACGGUUGAUCUUUCCUCGGCAGUUUUUGAUGUUUCAGCUUCUGGGUUCUUGUUGUUGCAUAAUUUCACUGCCAAAAAUAACACAAACACGCCUCUAGUAAAGGAAUUUUAUCUCCCUAUAAACGCCAACAAGAAGUUUAGAAUAUACUUCACGCCUCUAGAAUCCUCUUUGGCAUUUGUGAAUGCCAUAGAGUUUUUCCCAGCCCCUCCUGUGAAUUUCAGCCUUGGUGAAGCCAUAAAAGUUGGGCAACAACAAGGUCAGAAAACUGGGUCAUCUUCUGUUUUCCAAACAGUUUACAGGAUCAAUGUUGGCGGUCAAGAGAUCGAGUCGAAUGACGAAAUAAUAUGGAGAAACUGGGAUACAGAUGAUAAGUUUCUCAUUAGUAAAGGUAAUUCAAAGGAGAGUCAGUUUUAUUCAAAUCCGCCUAAUUACCUCUCAGAAGAUGGUGAAUAUGUUGCCCCAGCUUUGGUCUACCAAACUGCUAGAGAAAUGGAUGUCAAUGCCAGUGGCGGAUCCAACAUAACAUGGGGUUUUAAUGUAAAUAAGUCUGCUGGUCACCUUGUGAGGUUUCACUUCUGUGACAUCAUCAGUGUCUCCCUCGGUGUUAUAGUAUUCAAUCUGUACAUAAAUGGCAAUUUCAGCAAGGCGAUCGAUCCUACGGACAACAGCACCCUGCUGGCUACUCCUUUUCACUACGAUUUUUCAGUUGGUUCCCAUGGUUCUGAUGUGAUGAACAUUGGCAUAGGCCUUUCAAAAAAAACCACGGAAAAUAAUGCCUUCCUAAAUGGGCUCGAAAUUUUGGAGAUAAAGAGAGGACUUGCUUUAACUCCCGUAGAGAACGAGGAGUCAGGUAAUAAAAAGACAAAGGCUCCAAUUGUGAUUGGUUCAGCUAUCGGGGGUUUUGCUCUUCUCUGUAUUUUGGUAGUGGGGUUCUUCAAACUGAGACGAAGGAAGAUGAAACCGGUCGAAAACUCGAGCUGGGGACAAGUGCCUCCAUAUGUAGGAGGGGGAAGUUCUCACAGCAGGAUUGCUGACCCAACCAUCAAUGGCUCACCUCUUCCUAACCUACACUUGGGGCUGAAGAUUCCUUUUGCUGAAAUUCAGCUAGCAACAAAGAAUUUCAACUCCAAGCUGAUAAUUGGCAAGGGAGGCUUUGGUAAUGUCUACAAAGGGACUCUUGUGAAUGGCACAAAAGUUGCUGUGAAGAGAAGUGCACCAGGGUCAGGCCAAGGGCUUCCUGAGUUCCAAACUGAGAUCACGAUUCUCUCCAAAAUCCGCCACCGACAUCUCGUGUCCUUGAUCGGGUAC